UUUUUUUUCUAGUGUUUCCUGUGGGCUAGUGGGUUAUGGCCAGUGUGCCGAUAACCAUUUGCGAAUCUGCCAGUGGAAAUUAGUUUCAUCAAUUACCGUGUACCAAUCCUACCCGAAGGCCAUGUGUGCAGGGAUGGAGCAUACCAGUAAUCGACCUAUCUAGAGGGAAUACCAGGGUCUCAGCUUAGCGGAUCCUGCAGCAGGGUUUGCUUCCGGAAAGAGCCCAUCGAGUGCACAGGAUGUGGCCAGGUCUGGUAGUUUAAGGAGCAGGAUUCCUUCCACGAGGGCCGGAUCAUGAUCGUUUCUGAGACUUUUCCCGUCUGGCAGGCUGGCGAUUACGUUCCUUAAGUCCCCUUUCACACUCGUUUCUUCCCUUUCUUUUAAACUCAUGAUUUGUGUCUGUCCUUUCGUCCAUUCUUUGCGCAGGGUACUGUGACGGUUGUCCGAGGGAAGCUAUGGUGUUGGAUCCCUCCGAUGUUCCAAAUAAAGGACCCCGGUUUGUCAAGGUGACCGCAAUCUUGACGGCGAUUGCUUUCAUAUUAGUAGCCUACCGAAUAAUAUGGAAGGUGUACAUGAAAAGCAAAAUCGCCGCCGAUGAUAUGAUCAUCUCUUUCUCCAUGGUUAUACAGAUUGUAAAUACAGUCAUGGGCGACUUGGCAUGUCACUACGCCUUCGGUCGCCACCGCGCCGAUGUAGUUCGAACAGGGGGCAACCGAGUGCUCGCAUUGAAGUUCUUCUGGCUUUUUCAGAUCUUCUACAAACUUGUUCUAUGCCUCAACAAGCUAUCCUUCCUCGCUUUCUACCUCCGCCUCUUCCCAACCCCAAAAUUCCGCCUUGUCUGCUGGAUCACUAUCACCCUCGUCCUAUCCAGUACCUUCGGGUUCGUCAUCGCCACCAUUUUCCAAUGCAUCCCCGUCCACGCGAGCUGGCACAAGGACAUCCCCAAAACAUGCGUGAAAAACGCCGAAUUCCGCUGGUCCUGGGCGGGCUACAAUACAGCUAUGGACAUCUGGGUGUGCCUAAUGCCUCUCCCGGUUCUGGCGCAGCUACACCUCGACCGUAUCCGUAAAAUCGGGGUAAUGCUCGUGUUCUGCAUGGGCCUUUUCGUCUGCAUAACGAGCAUUAUUCGCAUGUGGGCUAUGACCGAAAGUACGAAGACGCACGAUCCAACAUGGGGAUCGUUCGAUGCGCUGAUGUGGAGUGCUAUCGAGGCUAGUACGGGUAUUAUUUGCGCAUGUCUGCCGUUCUUGAAGCAUCCGAUUCAGAGGAUCAUUCCUAGCUGGCUUGUUUCAUUGUCGAAUGGCUCCAGGAAGACUCGACCGAGUUAUCGGAUGAGUCGCCUCGGCUCUCAAUCCGGGAUGCGGACGGGUGGGCAGAGGGAUGAGGAUUUUUAUGGGGAGGCUGAUGCUGAGAGUAUGGGUAGUCAGGGGCCGAUUGCGAAGGGUCAGAUUCUUAUGAAGACGGAUAUUGUCAUGCGUAGUGAGCGGGCUUAUUCGUGAUAUGAUCUCUAUGUUCUUAGAAAAGAUCCAAAUCAGAAAUGUACAUUUGCGAAGUACGUUCAUGGUGAAAUUAGGGUAGAGGUCCUGUGUAUCAUAUGAUGCCUUGAUGGUCAUAAUGCCACGGCAUAUUACUCCCCUUCUACGGCUUCUCAAGGCUUCUUUUUUCUUAUUUUCUCUCGCUGCGUGUAUCGCCCGGCUGCUGUGGACCUUGAUCCACUCAGUGCGCGCCCUAAAUUAGCUUAAUUCCACUGACAGGGAUCUUGGCCGAGUACGAAGACACAGAAUGAAACAUUAAUUAAAUAGUCAUGGCGUGAUAGUCCUAGUCAGGUAGUGCUCCGGU